AUGAUUGAUCAAUGCUUCCUUGAUUUUCUGUCUUGUUUUGUUCGCGUGUGUUGUUCGGUUCAGCCAAGUGCAAAUGACUUUUUGGCAGAGAGUCAGGACGCCGCAGGAGAAUCGAGAGACCGGUUUCGGGGGGCCACCCACAAAGGUCAAUCGCCAAUCUCCCAAGGCGAUGAUCUUGCCUCUUCCUUUGGCCAUCUUAGGCCGGCCAAUCCCGGCGCACAUCAGCAGCACCACACGGCCGACUCGCGCGACGGUGGACGACCUCCGUUUUGUGAUGCUGGCACAGACAGUCAUACGGUCUUGGGGGGGGGGGGGGGGGGCUCGUCGAUCCGUUCUGUCUUCUCAGCCAGCAAGUCACCUCCUCCUCCUCCUCCUCCUCCUCCUCCUCCUUGCCGGACCUGACAGCACACAGCGGGCGACAGAUCAGCACAAACUAUGAGCACGUUGACGUUGACAUGGCAUGCUCUGGAUUCAAUCUGAAGUUCGGAGCCGUCCCUGGGCGCCACUUAGAUGUGCCUCCCUCCCAUCCCCAUCCCCAUUCCCGUCCCGCUCCACGUUCGCCAGGGGCGGCGUCGAUUGGCCGCCUGCGCCCACGAUGGCCUGGCGAUGCGGCUCAUUGGUUCGUUUCCCACUAUGUGGCUUCAGUGCCAUCCGCCAAUGCCGCGAUUCAAGGUUGACGCUUGUCACUCUGGAGUCUCCCGCUAUGGCACGCACGCAUGCACGCACGCACAAUGACGUCUGUAGCUGAGCUCUGAUGCUCACCUUC